AUGAAACAACGAGUUUCAGCAGCUAAGCUUACAACAAACCAAAUGCAGCAAGCCGGCAGUGCCGAUUAUGUGGGGUUAGAGGGUUCAGCCUCUCCCAAAUUGGAAAAUUUCUCCAAGGUAUCGAUAAUCCCUCUCGUUUUCCUAAUUUUUUACGAGGUAUCCGGAGGACCCUUUGGUGUCGAAGACAGUGUCCAAGCAGCAGGGCCCCUUUUAGCUUUGCUCGGUUUCGUGCUUUUCCCGUUUAUAUGGAGCGUGCCAGAAGCUUUGAUUACGGCAGAAUUAGGCACAAUGUUCCCCGAAAACGGUGGUUAUGUUGUUUGGGUAUCGUCUGCUUUGGGCCCUUAUUGGGGCUUUCAGCAAGGGUGGAUGAAAUGGCUUAGUGGAGUUAUCGACAAUGCAUUAUAUCCCGUUUUAUUUCUGGACUAUCUGAAAUCGGCCUUUCCCGUUCUUGAAGAUGGUUUAGCCCGUUCGGUUUCAAUUCUUGGGCUCACACUUGCACUGACUUACAUGAAUUACAGAGGCUUAACAAUAGUCGGGUGGGUUGCUAUAUUGCUCGGCGCUUUCUCUUUGCUCCCUUUCAUUUUUAUGGGAUUUGUUGCGAUCCCUCAAAUAGAACCUUCUCGAUGGCUCGUGCUCGACUUGAAAAAAGUCGACUGGGCUUUGUAUUUAAACACCCUUUUUUGGAACUUAAAUUAUUGGGACUCGAUUAGCACACUCGCCGGCGAGGUCGAAAAUCCGGGCCGAACCCUCCCCAAGGCUCUGUUCUACGCCUUAGUUUUAGUCGUGGUCUCGUAUUUUUUCCCUCUAUUGAUAGGCACCGGGGCCCGCAAUGUCCCGCUCGACCGAGAGCUGUGGAGUGAUGGGUAUUUUUCGGAUAUUGCGAAAAUGCUUGGGGGCGUUUGGUUGAGAUUUUGGGUCCAAGGGGCCUCAGCACUUUCGAACAUGGGGAUGUUUGUGGCUGAAAUGAGCAGCGACUCUUUUCAGCUGCUGGGGAUGGCCGAAUGUGGGAUGCUUCCGGAAUGUUUUGCAAGGAGGUCUCGAUACGGGACCCCACCCGUCGGGAUUUUAUUCUCCGCGUCGGGUGUAGCGCUUCUCUCGUGGCUCAGCUUUCAGGAGAUUGUGGCUGCAGAGAAUUUCUUGUACUGCUUCGGGAUGAUUAUGGAGUUUGUGGCGUUCGUGAAGCUGAGAGUUGACCUUCCGGAAGCUUCCAGGCCGUACAGGGUUCCGGUGGGGACUGCCGGAGCAGUUUUGAUGUGCGUGCCGCCGUCAUUGUUGAUAUUAGUUGUGUUGGCGUUGGCUUCUGUGAAGGUGAUGGUUAUUAGCCUGUUUGCUGUUUUGUUCGGACUUGUCUUGCAGCCUUGCCUCAAGUACAGUGAGAAGAAACGGUGGUUCAGAUUUUCGAGCCGCUCGGGUUCGGAGUUUCACUUUGGUUAUCAGACGGUUGGUGUCGAGCCGUGA